AUGUCGAAAUUGGAGUACCGCGAAUGUUUUGUCGGUGAGAGAAAAAUUCAGUCUAGUCAUGUGAAAGACAAGCAGCAUCAAGAAGACAGUGCUAGAUUGGACAAAGAAUCAUGUAGGAUGCUUUUGUCUGACUUGAAGGAUGUUUGGUCGAUAUAUGGAGAUGAGCCAAAAACUAGCUGUGUCAAACUUCACUGCUCCAUAUGUCGAGGUGCAGAAGAGACCCACAAAAAACAUGGUGCCUCCAACAGACCUUAUAUGCACAGUGCUUUCAACGCAGUCGUGCAUUACUUGAUAGAGAUCUGUGGGGGGCGAAUCUUGAUCGAACACCAACUGAACAGUUUCAGACUAUUGGGGAGAGUGAAAAGCUCAUAUGCAUCUUGUUUACAAAAACUGAAUAUCCAUCUUCUCCUUGAACGCGUCUUCCCAAACUUUCCUGGAUAUUCAUUGGCUGUUACUCAAAUGCAAGCAAAUGCUACAAAGCGACUCCACAAAUUCUGUAAUAGAUCUCACUUUUCAAAAGACGCGAAGAGGAUUUACGAGAAAACAUACUACUAG